AUGCACUCGCCAGGGCUUUGCGCCCUCCGCCAUCCUGCUGUCUUAGCCGCCAGAGCCCCACGACCGAGAUUCGCCUCCCGAACCCUCGCCCGUCCGUCAUGGCGACCCGCGUCCAUCUCGUCCGCCUGGCUGAGCAGCAGCGCCGACGCCAGCAAUGGGGGCAAACCGGCCAAUGAGUUCCCUGCCAUCGUCGAGGAUGAGGAUGUUCAGCCUCAAACUGGUUCCGAAUCCGCGGCUGGCCGCUCCAGGAUCCGUGCUUCUGGUUCUCUAAAGAGUCGCAUUGCUCGCAAGCAUGCCGCCCCCGCGCUCCCCCCUGUUAAGCUCCCGCAGUCCUUUCUCGACGACAAUGUCUCUCUUCACCAUGCCUGGCGCCGGCCUCGACUCCCCGUUGCCCUCGCCGAAGACACGGAGCGCCCCAAGACCUCCUCAAUCUCCAUCGAUCUUCAACCCGGCGAGAAUCCGACCCUCCUUCAAAAAUACAACAAGGCCCUCGAGUCCUAUUUUGACAAGGCUGUGGAUUCCCUCAUUGAGAAGGCCGGCGAACGUGUCAAUGACCUUGUCAGCCUGGAACCUGGUGCGUCUGACCUCGAGGAACACGCCCAUAAGCUGGCAGGUGCCACUCGGGUCUAUGACAUGCUCCUUGACUCUGCUUGGCACUUGACCGAUUCGCUGUACCCUGCGCGACAUGCCCAAUACGCCUACUCCUCGCGGCCGUUUUGGUGGUGGCACUACUACAAGGACUUUGAUCGCCAUAGCCAAGAAUUCCAGGACCAAUUCCUCUCCAUCGAGACCGCAAUCGACAGUACACUCGACUAUGACUGGAGACUCGACCACUCUCUGUCUCAGGCUAUCGCUGAUCUCCCAGUCUUGACUUUCUCUUCCAUACGAUCUACCCUCCGCCGCGAGCUCAACACACCCGCACCGCCAAAUUCAGAGUCGAAGGCCCUUAAGCGACAGGUUACCGUUUUGUCAAUGUCCGGAUACGGCGGGCAGGCCAUUUCAGAGGCGGCCGCCGAGCAUGUUGCAUUCUUCAAUGAUGCGGAUCUAAUCCGAUUGGAUGCUCAGGAUCUCUCAGUCUUAGUGGGAGACUAUCUUGGUCAGGACUGGGCAUACUCACGGGGUUCACUGUCGACAAUGGGCUUCCGUGCUGCCGAGAUGAAUGGAAAGCUAUUUCGAGACCCUGAAGUCGGCUCGCGUGUAGAAGAAGAGGACAAUGACCCCGAUACCGGAGUUAUCAACAUUCGCUCCUCCGGAUCGUUGGAAGAUGAACUCCAGAAGAUUAAGCAAGGAGGAUACGACCCAUUCGGCAAGUGGGACAACCUCAAGAUCGACAAGGUUCUCGACCAAAUCAUCCAGGCCGCCAAUUUGAAGCAGGGCUCUUCUCGCGAGAAGCCCCUAAUCAUUCAUAUUCACGACUAUGUUGAGCUUAGCAUGACUCUGGAAGGGUCUAUGCUCAUUGCGAGGCUAAGGAGCCUUAUUGAUGCAGCUUGGCAGCAUGGCUCUAGGAUUGCCAUCCUCGGCACCUCAGCAAGUGAACACCCCUCGGACGAGUACCAGAAUAUGCUGCGAGACCUGGCGAUGGGGGACUUUGUCAUCUCUCGCCACAUCGAUCCGAACCGCUCUCUGAUGCAGCCCCAGCCGACCGGUGGCGGUGCCCAAGUCUCUGACAACUCAUUUCCAUUGCAAGAUAUGGAUCUGUUUGUCGAGAACGUACGCAAUGUCAACAGGAUGCUAAGGAUGCUGGGCGGCCAACAAUUACUUGAUUUAUCCGACGAGCACAUGAAGGGCUUGAUGCGCGUAGCCGACUCCCGAGCUCAGAUGCUCAAGAAGUCGAUUCUCCCGCUCCCCGAGGUUUACAACAUUGCUUGUGCUGCCAAGCAGCAGGAAAAGGAGACAGAGGGUGCUGCCCCAGUCGCUGUGAUCGAGCGAUUGCUCAUGGGUCCGCUCAGGCAAAGACCUGGACAGCGUUUCCUAGAUGAGCCGGAGCCGGAGGGCAAAUCCGACUCUGUGGAAACGCAGAAGAAAGCUGAAGACUCACAAACCAGUGGUCGUUCGUCCCUCAAGUUGAACGAGUAUGAGAAGCGAAUAUCCUCAGGGCACAUCAACCGCCAAAACCUGCGGACCACCUUUGAUGAUGUCCAUGUCCCGCCCGACACUAUUACGGCUCUCAAGCUCCUGACAUCACUGGCCCUGGUGCGCCCGGAUGCCUUCUCGUACGGUGUUCUGGCGCAGGACAAGAUUCCCGGAUGUCUCCUGUAUGGACCUCCAGGUACUGGAAAGACACUGCUCGCCAAGGCUGUGGCCAAGGAGAGCGGUGCAAACAUGUUGGAGAUCAGCGGCGCCACCAUCAACGACAAGUGGGUUGGCGAGAGCGAGAAGCUCAUCCAUGCCGUCUUCACCUUGGCCAAAAAGAUCUCACCCUGUGUCGUCUUCAUCGACGAGGCAGAUUCCCUGUUGGCCAACCGCAGCAUGCUUGGCGCUCGGGCAUCUCACCGAUCACACAUCAACCAGUUCCUCAAGGAAUGGGAUGGUCUCGAGGAGACGGAGGCAUUCAUCAUGGUCGCAACCAACCGCCCCUUCGACUUGGAUGACGCCGUGCUUCGACGACUCCCCCGUCGCCUUCUGAUCGACCUCCCCCUGCAGACCGAUCGCGCUGCUAUCUUCAAGAUCCUCCUCAAGGGCGAAGACCUGGAUGAGUCCGUCUCACUCGACGACCUUGCCCAGAGAACCCCAUACUAUUCUGGCUCCGAUCUCAAGAACGCCUCUGUCGCCGCCGCCAUGGCCGCUGUCGAGGAGGAGAAUGAGGCCGCCGCAAAGCAUACCGGCCCGGAACCUUACGAGUAUCCCAAAAAGCGCACUCUCCGCAGCCACCACUUCGACAAGGCCCUCAAGCAGAUCCCCGCCUCCAUCAGCGAGGACAUGGAGUCGCUCAAGCAGAUCCGCAAGUUCGACGAGGAGUACGGCGCCAAGAAGAAGAACGCCAAGAAGUCCAUGGGCUUUGGCGUCGGGACUGAGAAGAAGUACGCCGAUGCAGCCAACGAAAUUCGCAUUCGUCCCGGUGGCCCCUGA